AUGGCCCCCUGGACACCUAACCAGACCUCGCCUUGGACUCGAUUUUGUUUGUUCCCCGUCGAGGUCAACGAGGAUGGGUGCUUCCUGUCAACUGACGAUGGGCUCGACACGGAACAGCAGCAUGUUCUUGACUGCCGCACCUGCUCAAUACUAUGUUUUGUCGCCAAUCAAUUCAAGUGCGUGUCGUUCGUGGCCGUUAUUGCGGUCGAGUCGCUUGACGCUAAACGCGGAAAGCCAAAUCGCAAACCUUCACCUAUCGGAGUCACAGUCAACGUCUACGGCUCAAGGCGCCUGAUAAACAAGGUUGGCUGGGCCAUGACGACUGUCGACGUUGUUCUCCAGCACCCAGUCUUUCUGGAUUCAGAAACCUGCUAUAUGAACCCCCAUUACUCCUAUCCAGGACGUAAGAAGACUGACUUGAGACAUCUGAUUGGGCCGUUAUACAAAGAAUCCAAGUCAGCUGUAUCUCAGGCCAUUGGCGAUGCUUUGGAUUCCGCAAAUGACUGGGGUGACGGGGUCACGUCAACGGUCUGCGACAGGAACGACUUGGAAAGUGUGCUUGGCUCUCUCUUUAUCGAUACGCGACUUAAAGACCAUCAGAUCUCGGGGAUUGAAUUCAUUCUGACACGAGAGAACUCGUCCUUCGUCUCAGAAACGCACGCAAGGUUACUCUCCUCGAUUCAUUACAGACGAUUCCGACCACAAACUCUGAGGACAGCAAUUUUCCACGGCAACAGGCGGGCCAAGGAGGGACAAUUACUUCUCGAGAGUGAUGUCGUGUUGACUACGUACCACACACUGGAAAAUGACAGCAGCAGGGCCAAGAUAUUACAGUCCAUCAAGUGGACCCGCGUAAUUCUGGACGAAGCUCAUCAGAUACGAAACCCAUCCACCAAGUUCUUCAAGGCUGCGGAAGCUCUCGAAAGCGACUCACGGUGGUGUCUCACCGGCACACCGAUCCAGAACAGCCUCGACGACCUCAGAUCACUGCUCAAGUUCCUGCGGUUCGAGCCUUUCUGCCAGCCUAGGGUGCUGGAAGAGCACAUUGUAAAGCCAAUGAGGAAAGAUCCCGAACUCGGAUCCCACACAGGACGGAACCUGAGGAUUCUUCUCAAGACUUGUUGUCUUCGAAGAACCCAAACUCUGCUUGACCUUCCGAGCGUGACGACAAGAGAAGUCUUGGUGAAACCUACGGUGGCAGAGAAGGCUCGCUUCGCGCAGAUCUUGGAGCAGUGCCGUGCAGAGUUCGACUUGAUGGCCAGCCAAGACACCUGCCGGAAGACGCCCAAUGUACUGUUUUCAGCAGUCGUCAAGCUUCGGCAGGUUUGUAAUCACGGCAUCACUCAAAUGAACGAGGCCAGCACCAGGGGGAUGGAUCGGCUCACUGUGACAAGGAUGCCUAAAAAAAACUCCCGGUCCCCGAGUGCAGACCCAACUUGCGAUUUCUGCUGCGCCCAGGAUGAGGAAGACGACAUUUUACUGGGUGCUCUUGACUGCUGUCCGUUAUGUGGUCGGGUUCAACCUGAGAGGAACGAUACAAGCUCACCUUCUAUACCAUCUCUCCGCCAGCCAUCGCCGUUUGCCUCUGGGGGAGUGUCCCCUAACCAAAUGAACUCAGCAAGCUCUGCCUUGGGAAUACCGAGUCACUUACCCCUGGAUAGUGAGUUGGCAGGCCAGUCCUCUAAACUCGCAGCAGUGGUCGACAACAUCAAGUCAUCCAGUUUAGAAGCGGAUUCAAAGAGCGUUGUUUUCACUAGCUGGAGGACGACACUUGAUAUGCUCGCCAGCAUACUCUCCAGAAACGGGAUUGGCUUUGUCCAAGUCGAUGGACGAAACCCAGUCACAGACCGGACCGCCUUACUUUCACAGUUCUGUGAGGUUCCAGAUAUCCGAGUGCUCUUGAUAUCCAUCAACACUGGCGCGGUUGGGAUCACCUUGACGAGGGCAAAUAUGGUGCAUAUCGUUGAGCCACAGUGGAACCCAGCAAUAGAGGAUCAGGCUAUCACAAGGGUAGUCAGAAUGGGACAGACCCGACCCGUGACAGUUUUCAAGUACAUCAUGGCCGAGUCUGUGGAGCAGGGCGUUGUGAAGCUGCAGCAGAGAAAGACUCGUAUCAUCAAGCUGUCGAUGCAAGACAGGGAUGAAUCAGACGCUGAUUUCACCCUGGAUACUUUCAAGUUUGCACUUGACCCCAACGAAUGGAACUGA